AUGUCGGAGGAAACAAUUAUGUCUAUGAAUGAUCAGACAAUUAAAAUUGAACCACCUGAAUAUUCACCUGAAGACAUUAAACUUGAAAUGCAGGAUGAAUUUGAUAAUCCUGAUGUUAUUGUUAAAUCUGAAUCGUGUUCUGAAGAUGAUGAUACGUGUUUAGAAAGAUUCAUGAAUUCCGAGGUGACAAUUGAAGAAGAAGUCAAACAGGAGUUGGUCGAGGCAUCAACUUAUGAAUGUGACAUUUGCAAUAAAUCAUUUGCAGAAACACAUCAUUUAAAAGAGCAUAUGAUCGAACAUAUGUCUAAUAAUAGCAAAGAAAGUCCUUUCAAAUGUGAAAUCUGUUACAAGACUUUUGAUCGAUUAAGUGAUCUGAAAAGGCACAUGCUCAUUCACAGUGGUUUGAAUACAAAUACCAAUCUUGGUCAGCAGUAG